CCUGCCCAUGGCAUGGGGUGGGACUGGAUGGGCUUGGAGGUCUCCUCCCACCGAGACGAUUCCCUGACUCUAUGGCAAGCAACGGGCUGCCAAGGGGUCUGUGUUGUACGGAGCCCUGGGGGCCGCCAUGUUGCACGGAACGCCGCGGAGUGCACUGUGUGUUGUGCGGAGCCCUGGGGGCCGCCAUGCUGUGAGGCUACGGCUGCCGUAAAGCGCGGCGACGUUGUCGUGAGGAGGGCGGUUUGGCGCGCGGCGGUUGAGUUUGAAAGGGAAGCGACGUCGGGGGCGCAGCUCGGCCCCAGCCCUGCCCGGGAGGGCCCUGCCCGGGGACGCGGCGGGACAGCGGCGGGACUACCCGGUGACGUCGCGGGACGGCCCGGGGCAGUGGCUGGUGCUCGUGUUUGCGGCGGAUCCUGCGGGAGAAGCACCUCCUGCAGAAAUGGAGAAGAUUUAUGCAGACCCUAAUGUGGAAAAUGACAACACAGAGCACAUCAAAGGGAAGCGGCUCUCCUCUAUUUUAAAGGCUCCGCGAAAUCCUCUGGAUGAUCUGGGAAACGGGAAUGAGAUGACGCAGGAUAACAACGUAGAAAAACGUAGGAAGAACUCUCGCCGUGUCAGUUUUGCGAACACCAUCAACUGCAGAGUCUUCCAGCGAGAUCUUAAGAAUAACAGGGCAGAAGAAGAAAGCACAGGGUGCGCAGCAGAUACAAGGAAUGAUGUCCUGCUUAAUCAAAAUGAAGACCCUGAAGCUGUUCCAUGCGAGAUCACUGGGAUGAACACUUUGCUUCAUGCCCCCAUCCAGGCAGUUUUGCAACAGACUGAGUGGCACGACAUGGACAACGCCACUCAGAGAACAAACAGGCAUGACACCACCCUCAUCUUCUCAGAUGAAAACGAAAUGGAUAUGACAGCCAGUCACACUGCCGUGAUUGCACGCAACCAGGCCAGCAGCCAGGCCGACAACACCGAGAAGAUAGAUAUCACAUCAUUUCUGACGGGGUUAAACUCUAACAGUGGAAAGGCAGAAAUGGGCAAAGAAUUUCAUUUUUUCUCUGACCGCCCACACCCAUCUUUGGAACAGAAGGAACAUGCAACUACUGUCAAAAAAAUAGAUUUCAAUGAAUUUUUGAUGAGCUUGAACUCAAAUGAGAAGGCACCCAUUCCUGCUGAGGGGCCUGAGAAGGAGAACGUGUUCUUUGACCCUUCACAAGUCACAGAAGACGUGGCACAAUCGUCGGCACAAUUUGUGUAUUCCCAUGAACCACUGGACACCUGCAAUGUAACAAAAGUCUUCAGAGGGCACAACGAUGGGAUGGAAAUGACAAAAUGCCAGACGUCUGAUGUUAAAGCGGUGUUUUCUGGUGUUUGUGAUGUUCUGCCAGAGCAUUUCCUGCAUGCUGAUGUUACCGAGGCGUUUGUAGAUGACGGAAUGGAUAUGACAGUAAGUCACACUGCAAAGAUGUCUUUUCCCUUCUCUAGUGUUGGGAAUCAAAGUCUCAACUUCAAAAAGAGUUUCCCAGCUGCAGAGUCGGAUAAGUUGAUAUUAAAGACAGCACCUAAUCAGCUCUUAACUGUUCAGCAAGACCCUCAGCUUUGUACAAACAAGAAACCAGUAACUGUUGAAGACAGACAGGAUCUGACAGCAGUGCGGACUGUUAAACCGGAGGCUGGAGCAAUGUCUACCAUCCCGGGUUCUGUGCGUUCGGAGACCGUCUUCCGAGGUGAUCAAACUGUCAUGCUUUCUAUGUGUGAUGACAUGGAAAUCACUGGGAAUUACACUGACAUAAUCCGUAAUGACAGAACCAAAGAAAUUAGCAUUUCAUGUCCUAAACCGUCUGAAAAGCCAGUUAAUACAAACUCUUCACUAGCAGAAAACAGGCACCCAGCGCUUGGUGAUGAGGAUGUUACAAGGAGUCUGAUGUCUUUAGAUAAUCAAGCGUCUGUGUCUUAUAGAAAUAGUGCUCUCAAAGCACCUUCGGGCUCAGAUGAGCAAAUGGAGAAGGUGACCCGUGAUCACAGCGCUGCUGGGUUCGAUUCGCGUACCAAUGCUCCUAAGAUGAGAGCUCAGCACAGAGCAGCCAACUCUCACCUUCUGUCUCUGCCAGGUGACAAGACACUAGUCUUCUCUGGAGAAGAUAUGGACUUGACCAAAACCUGGGUUGUCAAGUAUGAUGGGAAGGAUGCUGAAAAUGAAUCUCCUCCUGGAGUGUUCACCUCCAUCACCUGCAAACCUCAUUUUCUUGACAACAGAGCUACAUCACGCACUUUAAAUGAACAGGAAGAGAUGGAAAUAACAAAAUGCCAUGCUGUUGUCAUCGAUGACCAAAGCAAUGGGACGACUGCAAAACAAAUGCACUGUAACACAAUUCCAAGGAAGAACCAGAGCAAAGAUGUCAGUGAAGAUGCAAAUUCUUUAGAUAUGGACAAGGAAAACCUUGAGGUGAUUGGUAUCAAUGGGAAUACUAAAAGCAGCCAGGCUAGAGAAAUGAAUGCUAAAGGUCUUGAGAUGAUGAUGGUUGAUCAAAAGCUUGGAAAAACAAACUUCCAGACAAGUGGUCCAAGUUCCGGCACAAAGAGUUUGUAUGCAUUGCCAGAGAAAAAGAGAGAUGUCCCUGAGAGUACUGUCACUGUCACCCGCUCGUUUGUAUCUCUGCAAAACCAAAAAGCUGUUGCAUCUCAGCCGCUGGGAAAAAACUUUCCAAAUACUUCCGUUUCCUGCACAAAUGACAGAAGGGACAGGUUUGCAGAUGAUGAAAACGUGGACAUAACCAGUACUCAUCUGGUUGCCUUUGAUGUUGCUCCUGUUGAUGCGGUGCAAAAAUACGAGAGUAAAGAUCAAAAUAAAGUGAUAUCCAAGCAGCUGCAAAUCCAGACCUCCCAGUUUCCUGGUAGUUCUUGCGUAGACAUCACGAGUCAGAGCACAGCAACAGAGUGUGGGGACUUGAAAAUGAGCACAAAGCAGCAAACUCUUCCUCCUGGGGCUCCGAGUGGUUCACUUCUUUCCAGUAAUGACCCUGCUCCCUCUGGGAUGAAAGGAAAGCAACAACUUGGAAUAAGUGCAGGUUGGCAAAGCGCUGACAGGCAAGAGGCAACCCACACUGUGAAGGCAGUACACAAGGUAUUGACAACUCACAUAGAUUCUGAGGGGAAUUUUUCAGUUGACAGAACAGUUUCUUCAGAAGAGGGGUUUCCAGAUCCCCUCUCAGUUCAUGGCCUGCGCUCCAGAGAUGCCCAAGAGCUGUUGGCGGCCAAUCUGUCAGAGCCACAUAAGGGAAGUUCCCAAUUGCCUCUGUUUUUAGAGAAGUCAGUUGUGUUUCCUUCUGGUGAAAACAUGGACUUGACUAGAAGCUGUGGGGUAGUGGUUCCUGAUCACAACAUCAAUCCUAUUUUAUCGGAGAGAAAAGCAGUUCCUGCAUAUCUGGUUCAAGGUGACAAUAAAACAAUGCCCCUAAAAACAGGGGUCGUAGUGAUCACGAAUAGUCAGGAGCAGCCUGCGUGUGACAUGUCCUCCUUUGCUGCUGGCAAGAAAACAUCUGGUUUAAAACAUUUGCCUUUUGCAGAUGAGAAAACGGUGGUGUUUUCAACAGAUGCUGAUAUGGACAUCACCAGGAGUCACACCGUGUCAGCCGACAACAAAAUCAUUCUGCAGCAGAGAGGUCCAAGCAAUGAUGUAGCCUCAGCAUCUGGAGAUAAAACUUGUGUCUUUACCCACAACAAUGAUAUGGAAAUAAGCAGAGUCAGUGCCGUCACACUUGAUAAACCUAUGGAGGAGGCUGGGUCUCAAAAGAUGCUUAGCAUCGCCAAAAAGACUGGAAGGAAGAGCUUGAGAGGACCAUCAGGGGAAAGGACUGUAUUAUUUUCAUUGAAUGAUGAGAAUAAUGACAUGGAGAUCACAGAGAGCCACACAGCCGCGAUAGGCCAUGAAAUGGCCUUGCAAAGUGAGGGCGGGCUUCACUCUGUCCCAGAUAACAAGGCUGGACAGCAGGCGCUGCCAAACAGUGAAAUGACUGUGUUUGCUCUGGAUGAUAUGGAAAUCACCAAAACCCACAACACAGCUCCAGAAGGAAAUUCCCUGCAAGGCAGGCAACCCAACCAGCCCGUUCCGUUCACCUCCACAAUUCUGUUUACGAGUUACCAGGCUGACAUGGAAAUGACUGAGUCUCCCUCUCUGGAUGAAAGUAAUGAAGUCUUCCAUGAGGGUGGAUUAAACCAGGCUGAGCAGGUUGGACAGAAGGCUGGUUCCUGUAGCAGAACCAUUGUUUUUCCUUUGGCUGAGAAUAUGGAGCUCACUAAAACUCACGCAGCUGCGUUGGGUGAGAAGACGGAUGUGCAGGACAGAGGGGCCACUCCAGCCCUUCUUGUUGACAGAACCAUUGUGUUCACCCACAACCAAGACGAUAUGGAAAUAACUGCAUCUCACACCACUGCUCUUAACAACAAUGUGAAUGGGUUUGAAAACCAAGAAGGGUCACAUCAAAGCAUUCGGCAACCAGACGUGCCUAGAGUGUUGUCUUCUUGCAGCAAGGAAAUGGAUUCCCUGCACACAAAAAAACUGAAUGGAGAACAUCACACAGAAUCUGAGGAUAAGCCCAGUGUUCCCUCUUCUGCUUCAUCAGCCUCAGCAUUUCCCAGUGAGAAAGGAGCUGUUGAGAUCCACAGUGACACAACAGCAGAUCCCAUUUAUUCUCUUCCACUUCCAGAAGAGAAGAUGGAUGUGCAGGCACCACAGGACCUUGACCUUCCUAUGGAUGAUUCUGUCCCUGUAACCAGUCAGCAGGAUCCAAUACCUCCUGAAAACCUGCAAUCCCAGAGAGUAUCUUUCAAGCUGCUGAGUAAUGAGCCUACAGAUUGCAGUGAACAAGGCGGUGAUGUGGAAUCCUGCGUGUCGCUUGCCAUCCAGCAACCGGAUCCUUUGGCAGGUCCUCCAGAUGCGCACGCUACUCGGAGAAAUCAAAUGCUGAAAGAGGAUACCUCUGGAUGCAAAGGCUUAUCUACACAUGGAGGUGUGGCUGGAGCCAGCCUUGGUCCAGUUCCCAGUGAGGGAUUGAAGGAAACUGCGGGGCUGUUGGCUGCAGCAGAAACCCCUCCAAAUGACCUGCAAAUAAACUCGGAACCAAGCAAGCAGCUCUCAGCUGGUAAGAGCCCAAGAGAUAAAACACACCCCACUCUCGCACCAGAAUUAUCAGGAAUUUUAAACGUUUGUUCAAAACUGAAAAAUAUGAGAAGGAAAUCUAUAGUUCUCUCCAUUUCUGAAACCGCUUUGUCUGACUCGGUGCCCAGUUCAUCCACUCAGCCAGGAGACCCCUUGAGGUUGGGAACAAGCACUGCAAGUGAACCAAACAAUGUAUUUUAUCCCAAAGAGCAGGAGGAUGCGUGUCUCGAAUCCAGAGCUGCUCAUGUAGAUGCAAAUUUGGGUGUGGCACUGAGCGAUAAAUAUCAAGGACUAAAUGUCCCUCUAGGUAUCUUCCAGCCAAAAUUACCAAGCAGAAGAACUCCCUCUGUCUCUAGUGUACAGGACACACGUGACAAACCUUCAGACAAAGCUGAGGCAGCAGUUUCAGAAGUCGGUGUCAAUGCUGCUGAGAUGCCAGGUAACAAGAAGCCCCGUUGGCAGAAUUUCAGCCCUUCUCAGUCCAUAGCAGAUGAAUUUCUUCCCAUCUGCCUAGAAGAAAUGGAUUCAAAUGAAUCAGUCAGCUCUGAAUUCAUCGAAAAUGCUUGCAAUGAGAUAAGCAAACCCCACAUCUCCCACAACGAGAAGAAUCAAUUGGAAGAGACGAAAGCUUGUAAAAACACAAAACGAGCUUUGGAACAAGAGGACAAGGUUCAAAGCCCAAAGAAGCUCAAGAGGGAUGAAAACUUGGAUGGAAAGGACCCUCGAGACUUGCAGGUUGCUUUUGACGCUGUGUCCCAAAGCCAAGUAGAAGUUUGUGAAAGCGAAAAUCCUCCAAACCUGUCAACUAAAAGCCCUGACUCCGCUCAUGCCAGCACCAGCAGCUCCCUGGAUUCUGUUAAGGUUGACACAGAAUUAACAAUUCAGCCAAGCAGUCAACUCGAGUCUCAGCUCCUCACGGACAGCAUCUGUGAAGACACCUUGCGGGAGAAAUUUCAGAGCGGCACUAUCACUGUCGGAGAGUUUUUCACGCUUCUUCAAGUCCAUGUUCCGAUUCAGAAGCCCCGGCAUAGCCAUGUGCCAGCCAAUGGUGGGAUCAGUGCACCGCCAACACCAGAAGACCUCAUUUACAGCCAGUACAUUUAUCGUCCCAAGCUGCGUAUUUAUGAGGAAGACUGCCAGGCCCUCUCUGAGAAGAUAGAGGAGUUAAAAGAGUACACAACUAUCCAGGACCAGCUCCUGGUGAAUGUGAACAGGAGUUUGUGGGAAGUGAUGCGGACCUGCUCUGAUGAAGAGCUCAAGAAUUUUGGAGUAGAACUGAACAAAAUGAAAUCCUAUUUCACCAAGGAGAGCAAGAUCUUGGCGCACAAUGAAAAGGCAACGUUGUACAGCAAAUUGCUGCAGAGCGCACAGGAACAACAUGAAAAGCUGAAGUCCAGAAUGGAGAAGCUGGAUGAAUUGAUCGAGGAGGCAGAGAGUUGCCUGGCUGCUCUGGAGUCAGAUUCCGACGACUGGGAAGCAGACUGCAGUGCUGGAAUGACUGAAGGGAAAAACCUGAAGAAAGAAUUGAAAAUCCUCGAAGCCGAAGAAGAGGAACUCCAAAGAGAGCUGUUGGAUCUGGAGACUCAGAAUGAGCAAAUGCUUGCUGAGAUGGACCAGCUAAGGGAGGAAGAAAAAAGAUACCGGGACCUCUUGGAGAGCUAUAACUUCACCGAGUGGGAGAUCAUAGAAUGGAGCGAACAGCAGGCAGUCUUCACUUUUCUUUACGACUCAAUUGAACUCACAGUUGUGUUUGGACCUCCAAUAGACGGUGACACUUUUGGUGAAGAUCCUUCCAGAAAUAUAGUUAGCCUGAGCUUUGAAUCCCUCUUGGAUGAGGAAGAAGCUCCACCCUCCUCCUGUUUGGUCCAAAGACUCAUCUUCCAGUUUAUUGAAAGUCAGGGGUGCUGGCAGGAGAAGUGUCCCAUGCUGCAGUACCUGCCCCAGGUUCUUCACGACGUCUCCUUGGUGGUGAGCCAUUGCAGGACCCUGGGAGAGGAGAUUGAAUUUCUGGAGAGAUGGGGUGGAAAAUUUAACCUUCUGAAAACGGAUAUCGAUGACACCAAGGUGAAGCUUUUGUUCUCCUCCUCCACGGUGUUUGCAAAGUUCGAGGUGACGCUGUCCCUCUCUGCCAGCUACCCAUCUGCCUCGCUGCCUUUUGCUGUCCAGAAACGGAUUGGGAAUAUUGGGGAGGAGGAGGUCUCUGCUGUGCUCGCCGAUGUUCCGACUGGGCACCACUACCUGCGAAGAAUAGUCAGCUCAAUCCAUCAGACCCUGCUGCAGGAUCCCCGAUGAUCCACUGGAUCCACCUGCAGGACCAAAGAAAUCGCAUCGGAUGUUAUUUGAGUUUAGUCUUGCGAGAAUUCAAGCUGUUUCUCACCAGAAAGGGAAAGCCGUUGGCUCCUCGGUGACCUUGUCCAAGAACUGGUUGCUAUCCAGGAUGUUUGGCCACAAGCAGAGGGCUCUGAAGAGGAGGAGGAGGAGGAGUAUCUUAGGUCUUAUCCUUCUAAUCUGCCUCUUGUCGUCUUCCAGUCACCAGUGGUCUUGGCCUCCUUAUCUUUCCUGGUAUGGAUAUUCUGAUGUAGCAUGUUGAUUUUGUUUGGGGUUGAUUCACAGAGCUCUUGUUUAAAACGAGAAGCACUUCCUACGUUAACGUGGCUGGAAUUUGCUUUCGCUCUCCUCACUUCUCUACAUCAUGGCGUUAGAACAGAUCACAUCACGUUUGAUUUUUAUCUGUUCCCUGGAACCCUCCCAAUUCACGCAAACUUACAAUCCUGCUUCCAAUUAACCGAACACCCUGCCAUAAUUAACCAGGUGAGAAGCCAGCAAUACUUUUCUUCCAAAGAUGAGAAUCCCUGUUCCGUAGACUCCACAGUGUGAUGGACUCCAGGUCAUCGGGUUCUGUCUGGGAUCCUCUCCAACCAGCCUGUUCUGACAUUCAGUGCCUUUGUCCCGUACGAUCCCUUUCUCAGUUCCAGCACAUUGUUUGAGGUUGUGAUGCGUUAGGACUUUAGUGAGGAGGCCAAGCUGUUUAGCUCUAGGAGGUGUCUGUGGUGUUGGCGCGGCCUGGGAGGCGUUUGUAAAUGUCCUGUACAUUCGUAGACCGAGCUGACCCAACUCGAGGUCACAUGCAGGUGUGUCCACCAUCUCUCGUCUCUCCCUCCCAUAGGCAGAGGCAAAUCUUUGAUCUCUGUAAAAUAUGUUGAGUUUUAAUAGGUUUUUGUGUGUUUGUGUUUAUAUUUUUUUGUCUUUUUACA